CUGACUUCUAAAUACUCAUCCUUUUGCUUUUCACUCUGAGAGAUAAACAGAAGGCGGGGAGACCUUGUAAAGGAGAGAGUGCGAGAAAAGAGAAAGAGAGGAGGAGGAUGCCGCCUCAUUGAGGUCGGGCUUUCAGCACAGUUUAUCGGCUGGGUGCUAAAGCAUCAACGCUCUAAGAAACUAAGUAAGAGGCUGGGUUUACCAUUCAUCACUGUUUCACACGGUCACAGUAAAGAGGACAGAACCGAGAGGACGUGGCUUUCAUAUAUCAAGACAACAGAAAGAAGUAGUCACAGAAAACAUGGCUGGGCCUCUCUUCUCUGCCCGCUUAAUUGUACUAGUGGAGCAUCUUUGUCUGCUACAUCAUAUCCAUGCAGGGGCAUUUUAUAGGCACCAGCCAUUGCCGCAACAGCACCAGCCUCUGCCUCAACUGCCUCUCAUGCAACAUGGCAAUGAGGGGAUACCCCAACACCAUUACUAUGGAAAAGAAAUGCCACAACUGUCAUAUGGCAAUGAGAUGCCUUUGCUUCCACAUUAUGGAAAGGGAAAAGAACGUCCACAGAUGCCCAUGCACCUGGGUAAACCCAAUAUAGGAAAAGGUGAAACAAUUCCAAGGGGAGAGAAAGGUAUCACUGGUGAGCCUGGUCCAAUCGGGCCACCGGGGCCUCAAGGUCCACCAGGACUUCCUGGCAAUGGUAUGCCAGGACCUGCUGGAAAACCUGGUCCCCAAGGUCCACCAGGAUUCCCUGGGAUUGGAAAGCCUGGAAUGUCAGGAUUGCCAGGGAAACCUGGAGGUUUUGGUUUACCAGGACCAAAGGGCGAGAUGGGACCAAUUGGUGGUAAAGGAUCAAUAGGAUUACCAGGACCUCCAGGUUUUCCGGGGCCCCAUGGCCUACCAGCUGUGUCAAAACCGGGGGGACAAGGACUUCCAGGACAACCUGGGCCCCGUGGAGAACCUGGACAAAAAGGCCACCCUGGGAUCCCUGGCCUCCAAGGGCUAAAAGGUAGCAAUGGGAAUGGUCAUCCAGGGCCGCCAGGUUUAAGGGGACCUUCUGGACCUCCAGGGUCACCAGGACAACAAGGACCACCAGGAGUUGGCAAGCCAGGACAGAAUGGAAUGCCCGGGGCUCCUGGAGAGCCAGGUAAACCUGGUGCACCUGGAGAACCAGGGCUGACAGGACUACCAGGGGAAAGAGGACAAACUGGGCCACCAGGACUAACAGGUCUGGGUAAGCCUGGGUCAGAUGGCUUCCCAGGGAAACCAGGUGUACCAGGUGGUAGAGGUGGGCCAGGCCCCGCUGGUUUACCUGGGGGUCCAGGACAGCCUGGAUUCGGAAAGCCUGGUUUUCCUGGCCCUAAAGGUGAAAAGGGGCAUGGUGGCUUGCCUGGGGCUCAAGGUCUAAAAGGUGAGAAGGGUCACGGUGGACUUCCUGGAUUUAAGGGACCACCAGGUCCAAAUGGCCUUCCGGGUGCUCCAGGUCCAAUUGGACUUCCUGGAGGGAAUGGUUUCCCUGGUCCAAAAGGAGAGGGUGGUGCAGUAGGCCCUAAAGGAACAAUAGGUCAAAAUGGUGUACCAGGACCUCCAGGACUUCCAGGAAAACCAGGAUUCCCAGGUGAAAUAGCUCAACCAGGACCUAGAGGCGUACCUGGCCCCAUGGGACCUAAAGGUGAAAAUGGACAGAGAGGCCUACCUGGCAUACCCGGUCUCCAUGGAAAGCCAGGCACAAAAGGAGAAGUUGGAUUUCCAGGUGAGAGAGGUCAACCAGGGCCCAUGGGAAUCCCAGGAUUAAUGGGUCCAGCAGGACCAUUAGGCCCACCUGGUCUCCCAGGGCCAAAAGGGGAUUGUGGGUUGCCAGGAAAACCAGGACCACCGGGUGAGGGAAAACCAGGAUUUCCCGGCCCAGUAGGUCCCUCUGGUAUUUCUGGACCUGGUGGGCUCCCUGGUCAACCUGGAAUACCUGGUCCUCCUGGCCCACCUGGCCCACCUGGGCCCCCUGCUCAGUCUCCUGGUCAAGAGCAAAUCCUCCCAGACCAAGGUCCUGGAUUAGAUGGUUAUAAGAAAGAAAAGCCUGGAGGAGCCAUAAUUGGUUUGGAUGGCCAAGAGAUGCCUGCAUUUACUGCACAACUAACAACACCAUUCCCUUCAGUUGGGCAACCGGUUGUCUUCAGCAAGAUUCUGUAUAAUGGCAACCAUAAUUACAAUCCUCAAACAGGCAUCUUCACUUGCAAAAUACCUGGAAUUUACUACUUUGCCUACCAUGUUCAAUGUAAAGGAAGCAACGUUUGGGUGGCCUUGUACAAGAACACUGAGCCAGUUAUGUAUACGUAUGAUGAAUACAAAAAAGGUUACCUGGAUCAGGCAUCAGGGAGUGCAGUGCUUCCCUUACGAGCUGGAGACACUGUGUAUGUCCAGCUACCAUCCGACCAAGCUGCUGGACUUUAUGCUGGUCCAUAUGUUCACUCAUCAUUCUCUGGGUAUUUAUUAUAUCCUAUAUAAAUAUGUGAAAAAUCUGUCAAACAUCAAAUGUGUAUGUGCCAUAAUUGCUGAGACAUUUCUUAUAUAUUAAAAUAUGGAAAAACACAGUUGAACAUUAAGAUAUAUUUUUCAAUCAACUUGAAUUGAAACUUCAUUUUGAUGUGGAAUAGAUACAGCACAUAUAAAACAGAGAUGAGUUUGGAUGAGUUGAAUUAAUAUGUUCUUUGUGGCAUAUUGUGCCAAAGUGGAAUUGCAAAUAUAGUGAGACUAUGUGUUGAGCAUACACAAGUACAUCAUUUCAAGCAGGCUUACCAUAUUUUACAACAUUCAGUGUUCCUUUCAAAUUGUAAGCACUUUGAUAGAUCUCUUAUUACAUUAUUUAUUUGCAUAUUUUUUGGUACUAUAUUGGUAAAAUAUAGCUGGGGUCAUAUUGACUACAUAUCAGUAUAAAAUGAUACAGUAUUCAGAUGUGAGAUUGUUUUCUUAGCUAGAUUGUUAUUGUUGGAUAUGCACUAUGUUUCUGCUGUCUUUAAUUUUUCAUCGUACCAUCUCAAUGAAUUUCAUUGGAGUAUAUGGACAAAUAAGGGGUUUGUUUGUUUUUGUUUGUUUAUUUAAUCUAGCCUAGUUUUUUUAAUGAUCACAUUACCUAACACCAUCAGAAAAGUUUUUUUCACACCGCAUGAUUUUAAUAUUCAAGGUCACUUUUAUAAAAACAAACUCGAGGAUGUUUAUUGUUAAUUCAGUAUGUACUGUGCAAACACACACACGCCAAGUUAAAAUGAAUUUUUCUUAAAUUGUAGAAACUUUUAUGUAAUUUAUUUUUACUCUUACUACUGAAUCACUAAAUUUGUAUAUGUUCAAAGUGAUGGUGAUGCACAAAAUGAAAGAAUUUAUUUUGGUGUUUUUCAUUUCUGACAAUGGUGCUAAACUGUUAAGCAAAUAUGGAGUAACGUUGAAUGCAUUUGUAAU